GAAUUUAGUUGGUAGAAUGAGGCGAUCGGGAGGUGGAAGGCAAUCUCUGGCCCAUAGAGUAAAAAAUGAUGCAAGUACUAGUUCUGGCAGGACAUCAACAGGGAGUCGCAGUUCAACAGGAAGUCGACAGUCGCUAGGUAGUUCUAUAGGCAAUAGACAGUCACUUGGUGCGAGUAGACAGAAUGUUCGCAAGUCUAUGAUACCCAAACUAGGGGGACCAUCCAGUAUUGUAUCCGCUAUUGCACCAAUGGCAAAAAAGAGGCGCUCAUCUGGUUAUGGCAAAACAUAUGGUCAUCGCGACACAAUCCUGAAAGAUCCUCGGCCAAUCACAGAUAAAGGAUACAAACACAGAAUGAUUGAAAAACUAAUUGCUUUCCUGGUUGAUAAUAAGUUUCCACAUCCGAUAACACCAAAAGUUCUACAAUCCCCAACCUCUAAAGACUUUCUCAGAAUAUUUGAGUUCAUCUAUGGGUUCAUUCAUCCAAACUUCCAUCUCACUCAGAAACCAGAGGAAGAAGUGCCAAAACUUAUGAAAGAACUGCGAUAUCCAUUUAUUAUAUCCAAGAGUGCGCUGUUUGCUAUAGGGUCCCCCCAUUCCUGGCCAUCUUUACUUGCAGCACUUGUCUGGCUGGUUGACUUGGUAAAGUAUGCGUUCAAUGUUGCACCAGAGGAACUCAUGUUCCCAUCAACAGACUUUGAAUCUGGUCCUGCAGAGGAAUCGUUGGUGUUCAAGUACUUGGAACAGUCCUACUCAGAUUACAUGCAGGGGGCAGAUACCUUUGAAGAACUUGAGGAUGACCUGAAGAUAAAAUUUAGCCAGAUGAGCUGUGGGUUAAAUGGUGGCCUAGAUCAGUUGGCACAAGAGAAUAGAAGACUGGCAGAGGAACUCAGUGCAUUACAAAAUGAACCAGACAAGUUGCAGCAAGUGAAGAGUCAAUUUGAAGUUACUGUGAAUGAUGAGGGGAAGUUCAAAGACUACCUCACCAACCUAGAGCACCACAAACACAGGCAUGAUCAGACAUUGGCAGGACUAGAGGAUGAACACCAAACUCUCAUGGCAGAAUUCAACACAGUUAUAGAGAGUUGUAAAAGGAUGCAGGAGAUCUUUGACACACAGGAGUUCUCCCCUGCUGAUGUAGAGAGAAUGAACCAUGGAGCACAGGAACUACAAAGGCAGAUAGAUCUCACUGAACAUGAGGUGGAGGGACUUGAUAAACAGAUCUGGGAUGAAGAAAUACAGAUUGGAAAAUCACAGCAAAGGAUCGAAGCCAAGUGUGCAGAGUACAAUAAAGUAGCCACUAUGUUAAAGCUGAUACCCUCCAGUGCAGAAAAUGCACAUGGGCGUGAUUACGAACUGAGGCAGAACUUUGGCUCAACAGCUUCCAGUAUUGAUUUCAUCGGAACAAUAAAGCCUGCCUUACUCCAAAUGAGGAAACAAUGCGCAGAAAAAGUUUAUGAAGCUAAAUCUCGACUUAUCACUGAAACGGAAGCAUUGGAGCAGGUGACUGACAUGACAAAAGAUAAGAAAGAAGAGAUUGCUUCCAUGGAAAUCAGCUUGAAAAAACUAGAAAAUGAACUUGAAUAUAACAAAGAGGCUUAUCUUCGAGAAUAUCAUAAAUACCAAGAAGAAGUUGAAAGUGUUCAAUCACAAAUUGCUGAGUUGAGAAAGUCAUCGCAACAAAGUGUUGAAGAAUGCAGAAAUGACCUCCGAAGUACACAGAAGAAAGUUGAAAGGAAUCUUGCUGAGAUGAAACGCAGGGAGCAUGAGUUAAUGUCUUUCAUGUGGUGGGCAGUGGAGAGCAUUGUAGGACACCUCAGUCAAAUACCAGACGAGAGCACAAAGUUAAAGGUGAUGGUAGGGCGGGAACUCCAUCUUGCUAAACAACAGUUAGAGACUGCUAAAACAGAAAGUUCUAAACUCCAAGAAAAAAUAUAGACAUAGAUCAUACACACAAAGUGUAGUAAGUGUUCAUUCAUUUCCAUGCUUAAUUCCUAUACUGUUGAUCAUUACAAAGCACAUCUAGUAAUAAGUGCUUUAUAGUAUAGGUAUUCAUUGUUUUAUGGUAGCUCUUUCCCAUAUAUACAGGGUGAAAAGUGCAUGUGCAUUACCGUGCUAAACCUAAAAUUAGCUGUAGUUUUUUUUUCAAUGUAAUGUAGACAUUAAAUGUAAGAGUGUUAUGUAUCUUGUUGAAUUGUUUGUUUUAUGGAUAUUACCAAUACAUUGGUAAAAAGACAUUUAGAGACAACCUGUUUUUGAUCAAUUCUUGAUUGAUGGUAGACAUGAUAUUACUGUCAGGUUAAGAACUUUAUUUUGUGAAUAACAUGAAGUUCUGAACUCUAAAUGAGAAUCCAGCCUAACGAUAAUUAUUAUAUUCUUGGCGUCCC